AUGGUAGACGCGAAUGUCAUCGUGGUGCUCGACUGGACUGCUUCACCGGCGGAUAUGGCGACAACGGCGACGGGACAGGCCGGGGAAUACGGCGGCGACGGGCUGAGACUUCGUCGGGUCUGGACGUCGAGUGACGAGAUGGCGGUGAUUUCGACGGCGACUUCAACGGCAACUUCGGCGGCGACUUCGACGGCGACUGCGGCGGCGCACUGGUGGACCGAAUGUCUGUGUGAAUCUUGUUUGGUUUAUGAAGUUGGUUGGCAAGCUAGGCAAGCCCAAAAAUGUUGGGGGGACUGUGCCCAUCGUUUAAGCGCUGCUGCUGCUGAUGCUGGAAAUUCGACUAUGCCCAAUGGCUCUCAGCUGAUAAGUAAGUAUCAGAAAAGAAAAGAGAAAGAAGAACUAGAUGAGAUUCCUUCAUACUAG